UUUCCAUCUAGUCAAAGCACGAUUUCGUGUCCGAAGGUUGUAAUACAACUGCUAGGCAACAGCUUUCAAGCUUUGUCUGUGAGGCUGCCAAGUCGACAUCCGUGGUGGUGUUGGUGAGCAAGGAGCAGCUUUGGACUCGACUCCGAGCUUGCCUGGAUGCCUCUACCCAACUUCUUGUUUUUCAUGAGUCUUUCCGGCACCGGGUGUCAUCUCUUCCAAAAUGAGUGAAUUCACAGUCGGUAUUAUUGGCAUGGGAGACAUGGGUCGCAUGUAUACGAAAAGGUUCAGUCAAGCAGGAUGGAGAGUCAAUGCUUGCGAUCGACCAGACAAACUCGCGGAGCUCCGAAAAGAGUACGAGAAUGAGACCCUAAUAAACAUAUUACCCAAUGGCCAUCUUGUAUCACGAGCCAGUGAUUGGAUCAUUUACAGCGUAGAAGCUGAAAUCAUCGAUAAGGUCGUCGCCGAGUAUGGCCCAUCCACCAAGGUUGGUGCUAUCGUGGGUGGACAGACUUCCUGCAAAGCGCCAGAGCUCGCUGCCUUUGAAAAAUAUCUUCCCAGUGAUGUGGAGAUUGUGUCCUGCCAUUCUCUACACGGCCCAGCGGUAGACUCUACCGGGCAACCUCUAGUUGUCAUCCAACACCGGGCAUCUCAGAAGAGUGUGGAUCUAUGUGUCAAGGUUCUUUCGUGUCUCAAUUCCAAAAUCGUGUAUCUAUCGGGUGAGAAGCAUGACCGUAUCACAGCUGAUACACAGGCUGUCACACAUGCUGCCUUUCUCAGCAUGGGAACAGCAUGGGCAGCGAAUAAGCAAUUUCCCUGGGAGAUCAACCGUUAUCUCGGAGGCAUUGAGAAUGUGAAGAUCAACAUUACACUACGCAUCUAUGCCAACAAAUGGCACGUCUAUGCGGGACUGGCUAUCCUCAAUCCUGCCGCCCGAGAACAAAUUCGACAAUAUGCUCAAUCAGUCACCGAACUGUACAAACUGAUGUUGGGGGGGCAUCGUGAGGAACUGGCGCAUCGCAUCAAGACUGCAGGGGCUGCUGUUUUCUCCAAACAUGCUUCAGACCAGACUCUUCUACUGGCAGAUGACGUGCUUGACCGAUUCUCGUUGUCAGAGCGUGCGAGUGAACGAACCCCAAACAAUCAUCUCAGCCUCUUGGGUAUAGUGGACUGUUGGUGGAAACUGGGCAUCGUCCCCUAUGAACACAUGAUCUGUUCUACUCCACUCUUUCGCAUAUGGCUCGGUGUGACUGAAUAUCUUUUCCGGAAUGAUGCUCUUCUUGAAGAGGUAAUCAAUACUGCCAUCGAAGAUAACACCUUCCGAUCCGACGACUUGGAAUUCACCUUUGCUGCUCGGGCCUGGUCUGAAUGCGUUUCUUUCGGUUCUUUCGACGCAUAUCGUGAUCGCUUCGAGAACAUUGCGCAAUUCUUUGCUCCACGAUUCCCCGAAGCUGUCAGGCUCGGCAAUGAGAUGAUCAAAGAAAUCAUGGCGCACACGAAGUCAUGACGACGACGACGAUCCAUCUGGGACAUGACAUCAGCACUAGAAGCGUGAUGGCCUGUUCCAACGAUAGAAAAUAACCUCGAAUCAACAGGGUACUCGCAGACGUGGACAGCCCAUUCCAGGGCUGAGCAAGAAAUGCAAAUUCUAUCGUCGUCGGGCUGUGCAGUAAUCUGGUGCGUUUGAGACGAUAUGCACACUGGCGCAAACCUAUCAGAUCUUCCCGGGCCAAGGCAGGGAACGUACACUUGCAUACAGACUGGACCGUUCCACCAACCACGCAUAUGAAGGAAUGUCAGAUCAUCUCCAAUCACGGACGAUGCUCUGUAGGGGAGAAAUCACAUCUCCUGUAUUCAAAUCGCACUCUAUCGCCAGUGACCGUGCGUUGAGAAUAGAUACAAUACUUAUCUGUCGAUCCGAUCGCGGACCACGUCAUUCUCAUGUUGGACUAAGGCGCUGCCAAGCAGGGUGUUGGUGGAGUUGGAAAACCCUGACGGCUUCAGAGCUUCUCGAUAGCGAGUGCAUGGUCAAGAAUACGAGUCAAGCCCGCUUUAGACCAUGCCGCUUCGCUAAGCGAAGUUAUACUACGAAGUACCUACCUCGAAGGUGGAAUGGCUCGCCUGAAAACUCAUUGACGUGGCCGAUAUUUUGAGUAGCUUGAUACAACUGGCACGCACCAUAUGCCACGCCGAUGAACC